AUGUUGGAGACAGAUGACAACAAUACUUCAAGCAAAAUCUCCUACACAGCCCCAGCGGACGAGUUUUUCACAGGUGUACAAAAGCCUUCAAGCGAUGGACUGUCUGCCGCCAGUGCGCAGCUCGUGACUGAAACAGCUAACGAAACGACAAAGUCGUCAUAUACAACCGCGCCGUCAGAGAGCGAUGUAAUCACAAGUCACGUGAGUGUUGGUACAUCGGGUCACUAUUCGUCCCAACAGCCAGGCACAACCUCGAUGCACACGGUGGAUUAUGAUGGCAAGCAAGAGAGCGAACCUACGUCCAUGAACGAGGAAGCAACGUAUAUCAAGAGUGAGAAUGACCACAGCCCCUACUUCGACGCAAACACUACAGAGCCAGUUGAUACGGAAAUCGAAGAAUCGGCCGUUACAGACGUGUGCUCACAGUCGAAAGACUGCUUCAUUCCACAGCAUGAUCUUAGCACAUCGACGAGUGGGGAGACCGAUGUAGACACCAUCACAUAUAGUGACGGCACAACACAAGACCUUCUGAAAAAUUUUUCUGAAGCAAAAACACAUGUGUCAGGCAGUGAAAACCUAUAUGAUCAGCAUCAUAGCACCGUGGUUCCAACUGAGCCGGAAACACAGACUGAAAAAACUUCGACGGUUGUUUCAAUGCAAGAACAAGAGCCUAGUUUUACUUCGGAAAUGGUCACGAACCAUAUAGAGCGCACGCCAGCGCAUUCAGGAGGCAGCACUUCGCAAGACACAGUCUCCUCUGAGUCUGCCCAGGGCGACAUUUAUGCACGGCUUACGGUCACCGAAAACAUUCCGGACACGCAGCCUUCAUCGACUACAAACAACGACCUGUCUCCUGUGGUGAAUUUAAGCACCGGACUUUUUGAGGCGCAUUUUACACCUAAGGCCUCUGUGCCGCAAGCAGACUCCUCAAGUUUUACUAUGGAAGUAUCUGUGGUCUCGCAGAAUGUUGAUCCUACCACAGCCAUUUCAGUUGAUCCCGUCAACACUGAGGCUGUUGAAAAAGAGUUGACUGAGUUUCAGACAGGAGAAAUCAAGCCGUCAGAAGUCAUGCAUUCCGUGGACAGCAGUUACCCUGACAGAAUGGCAUACGCCUCUACAGAUACUUCGGAUGAAAGCAGUGAGGCGUCCAUUAUGCAGGGGAACACAUCUCAGAUUACUAUGGACUCGGAGGAAAUAAUUCUGUCUUCCUCCAGUUGGGUAAAAGAGCCAUCAGCCACAGUUAUCUCACUAUCUUCGGACGGAGAGACAUCAGACGCUACGGAUGCAGUUUUAUCAGAAAAGCCAGUAAGCCACUAUUUCGCGUCGAGCACAUACAUAACGGCCAACAGUGACAGUUUAACCGAGGAGAACUUCUCGGACAUUGACAGUACCAUCACUGGAACUGGGCAGGAUGAAAUGACGUCCACGGCGAAUGCUACGCCAGAAAGUGUCACAGUUAAUGACAUGGAAUUGCUAACUCAAAAAGGGCCUGAAGGAACCACUCGAGAUACCGAAUUGUCAAUCGAAAACGCCAGUACAGGAAACGAGUCAGACGAGUAUUUGCAGUCAACUCCUAGUGAAAAGGUUGUGAUAAAAUUUGCAUCUCCGACUACAGCACUCCAAAGCACUGUGAAUGGUCCCGAAUACACUGUCGCCGCAGACAAUCUCGCAAUAGGCGUCCUCACAGACGCAUCCAAUGAUGUAUCAACGCCCAGUGAAGAAGAUAAUUUUGAAACUGUUACUUCCACUUCAGCAGACGAGGGUGCUGUGUAUAGCAGCGAGAAAGUUAGCAAUGAGAGUGGUAGCCAGAAGGAUUAUACGCCAGGCCGGUCGACUGCUUUCCAUAGUGAUGCACCGCUGAGCACUACGGAAACCGAUCAAUCAGGAAUGCCAGAGAACGAGGAAACUGAUGAUUCAGAUGAACUCGAAUUUACACAGUUCUCUCCACAGACAAAUACCCAGCCCUCUGAGGACUCCAAGGGACAAGUGGAUCACAAUGAACUGAUUACCUUGAAGGAUGUAUCAGAUGUGACACCAAGUGAGGCUUGGGAAGCAACUGACAGGGUGAACUCAGGAGAUGGUGAGGAAUUGGUCGCUAACGAAGACGACAUUGCUACUGCUGAUCAAACCACGUUUCUUUAUCUCAGAGGCAGCCAAUUUAGAAUCCCCAGGUGUAAGUCAAAUCUGUUUUUGUUGAAUUUAAAUAUCAUGUUUUAACUAGCUUGGCCGGCACCAUUUUGUUAAAAAACUGAAUUGAACUCGUAGACUAAUUCGAAUUACUUAUUAAGGGCAGGUAAUAUCCGUUGGAGCAGUAUGCCAUAGUUACUAGUGUCCAUCUUGUUAGAACAGAGUACGUGUUCUCAUUUUAGCUUAUUUUGCCCGCAAAAAGGGGACCUUGUUAAUUCUGAUGAACGCAGUAAGCGAAGUCAAGCUAUCUGAUGCUAGCGAUUAUAAAUUUUAAUCAGCACAUGCCGUCUGAAUAGAUUUCCCAAAUUUGGUCAUCCUCAUGUUGGCUUUACAGGAUAUUUUAGAAAUGUACAUUUAAUAAUCUGACGGCAAAACGACAUAUAAACGCAAUAUCCUGCGCUAAUAUACCUUGCGUUGACCCAAAACCGAUUCCAGGAUCCCCAUUAUCUGUCAUUAUUGAGCUUGUGGAAGCCUGUGGAAGAUCCGUCCGAGCCAUCCACCUGCGGCCUCCCUCGUCUCCGGUCUUCUUGACUCUGUCUUGACACCGGGCCCAGGCGGAGGAGGAGGAGAGAGUGUAGGUAGAUGCAGCGCAAGUCUACCCGCACUAUAAACCCCUGCGUAAGUCACCGUCCCUGCUCCCACUGCAGUCUGUGGGGCACACAAUGGACAUCGUCGAAAUCGACGGUCGAACUGUCGGAAGCUAAUAAUUUCUUUACCUUUCCCUAAAUAAAAUGAAACUGAUCCACAUUUAAGACUGCAUAUUCAUUUUUUUAAAAAUUGGACGCUUCUUUAGAUUUCACUAAAUACGCUGAAAAGUAUAAAAUAUAGCAAAGUAAAAUUUUUUAGUUAACGGAAAAUAUGUUAUAUAACAGAAAAAUAUGUCAAUAAUAUUUUCAGGAUCUUUUAGGUCGCUAUCCAUCUAAAAGUCCUCGGGCCUCGUAUUCUGAUAUCAAACAGCAGGUGAAACAACUAACCCUCCUCUUUUUUGUUUCUGUUGGCUUUUUCGAGGUAGGGAAGCUACUUUACAACCUUCAUUCUAUGGCAUAAGGCACAACAUCAAUGGCACGCAACUGAGUUUGUAGCGAGAGCCACCAAUUUGAAAUUUUUGCUGCGAAUUGUUGGCAAAUUACUAUGAAACCGUUUUGGGAAAUUUUAGUAAAAACAUUGCGGGACAUCUUUAGCGAUUAGCAUGCUUAAAAACCCGCCUGACGCCUAUUGAGUUAAACGCAGCGGAGGGCUGAAACGUAUUAGUGAGAAGAAAUAUCCAUCUGUCAUAUGAAUACGUUGUUUUUCCACUUAUACUACUCAGUUUUUCGACUUUGACUGACAUUUUUCAUGUGUUAUUUCAAUUGGUCUUUUAAGUUGAGAAUCAUCAGUUCUAUGCUUCCUUAAAUAACUUUAUCAUUGAAUAUAAUACGCGCCUGCGCUUCUCAAAUGCUACCAGACUCGGAAAUACUUUUGCAAUACGACUUCUGCAUGACACUGCUUGUGGAAUAUGCAUAUAAUGCACUCGAAAACUUUGCUUUGCGCGAACUAGGUAAAAUAUUGAAAGAAAGUGAUCUUAUUACCUUUAAAUUAUUCCAACACCCACUAUAUUUUAUGCGUUUAAAAGGUGUUUCCACAAUAUCCUAAAAUGAUAUUUCUAUAUCAUCACCAUAAGCUUAUCUUUUGGUGGUAAAUAUUUAGGAUAUCCUUAAAAAAUUGUGAAUAAAUAGACUGCGAGCAGAUCUAUUUAAAAGGAGAUUGAUAACGAUAUUCCGGACGACCUAAACAUGUCUUACGCAAUAAAAACAUUUGUCUUUUAAUGACCAGUAAUCAGGUCACUGCGGCGAAUGAACAAUGAAUUGAAUUUCAAUUCCAAGUGUGCAUUCGCCAAAUGGGGGAGUUGGCAAGCUACUCAUUGCGUGUACGCAAUAUCGAAUUAAGCUCGUUAUCACUGCCACACUUUCCGCCUGUGCAUUUCGUAUUUUUCUCAAAUUGUGUACUUUCUAAUGAACACAGUAAAACAGGCGCGUAUUCUUCAGUGAGCGAACAUACUGCUUUCUCAUACGACUUCUCAUCGACAUCCACCAGCAGAGGAGGCAACUGUUUUAUGAAACUAUUUUUAGAAUUCAAGAAAUCCAAGCGGACCAUUUGGGGGAGUGGCCGUACCAGAAGGAUUGCUUAAUAACUAGGAGGCACUUACUAGCAGAAUACUCCGAGGAAUUCUUUGAAUCAUUUUCGAAAGAGAUACGUUAAGUCCAAAGUCUCGAAAAAAUGUGGUCUUUAAUUACAUAUCUUUCGAAAAAAAGACGCUGGAAUUUAGGGUAAACAAGUGGGAUGUCAUAAGUGCUUAAGUUACUAAGCUGAAUUGAAUCGAGUUCUGGACACUCACUUCUCCCCCCCCCCACAAAAAACCUGGUAUAAGUCCAUUUUAAAAAGCAUAAUACGGUUCUCAUUUGUAAUCAUUGACAAGAUCUCAUAUUCCGAUGAUAGCUACCUUUACACAGUAUCCUAAGGCUUAUCUUCAACCUCAUUUCCCGCCAAAAACGAAGUCGACACAUAACGGUAUAAGCUCGGAAAAGUAAAGAGAUUUUGGCCUAUGACCUCGAAAAUAGCACUGUUUUACCGGGUGCAAGGUUUGUUGACGAUAGAUAUAAUUUUGUCUAUGUCAUUGCUUCUUCGAAAGAUAACAAAUCACAGCACACUGUUAUCCUUCUGCUCAUACCUCCAUCGUUUUACAGGACUCUUGAGGUGCAGAUUGUCUUGUCGAAAAACUUAAAUGCACAUCAUUCUAGUUACCCAUUCGCUUCUAUCAUAAUUUUAGUACCGUAGGCCAAAAUAUUAAGUUUUUUAUGACUCAUGAGACAUAAGUGUCUGCGUUCAUAUUUUUCUGGGCAUUUUUUGAAACAUUCAGCAUAUAGUGUCUUUGAUCUGUCGACUUUUCAGAAAAUCUACUAUCUACUUAUUUUCGAACGGUCACCAAAAAACUGACAAUUAGGACACAGAGAUUUCUGUUCCAAAAACUAUAAACUGUUUACGCCCGCAUAACGUGAUUAACAAGAGUCUCUAACUAAGAAUGCAAGUAAUCAAGUCUAAUGUUUUGUAUCUGGUUGCGGUAAAAAAAGGGAAUAAUAUUGUAUUUAUUUCAAAAACAUUGACUAAAGCGGAUUCUGACAUAUAUCGCUCGGCUUAUUUGCGUAAAAAUCGUCCUUACCUAUUUUAGAUACAAAGACUAGCAGCGCAAGGACGGUGAGUGGAUCAUUUGCUGUCGUAUUCGCGACCUUUCAACUCGUUCUGCGAUUUUGA